AUGAACUUUGCGCCUUAUCAAGACGAAUCCCCCGAGCUAGAGCGUGCUCUUUCUCCUCCGCCUACCAACAAAGGCCGAACAUCGCUGGAGACACCGCGUGUCCGAUCACCAGCUUCGGGACAUCGUGCUUCCGAGUCAACCACUCGUAUAAGCUCUGAUGUCAGGCCUUAUCCGCACUCCACUGCAUUUGGAAACGAUGGGUUCCCGAAUAGAUCUGCCAGCGCGAGAGAAGAGAGGGGGCAGAGUCUCGGGGCCUUCGAAACAAGCCUUCCCAUGAGACUUGACUACGAAGCCAUGCUGGCAUACUUGUUGCUUCCUCCUGCUGGGGGGGUGUUUCUUCUCAUUUUUGAACACAAGAGUGACUAUGUGCGCUUCCACGCGUGGCAGUCUAGCAUGCUCUUUUCGGUUAUCUUCAUCCUCCAUCUGAUCUUGUCUUGGUCCACUGUCUUAUCCUGGAUGUUGUUUGCCCUCGACGUAAUAUUGAUCGGCUUCCUGGCUCUCCGUGCAUACCGGGACGUGGACAAUCUGGAUCAUUUCGAAGUGCCGUUCUUUGGCCCGCUAGCGAACUCUUUCGUCGAGAAUGAAUAA